AAAAUUUAAAGCAAAGAUGAACAUAACUCUAUAUAUGACGAUAGGGGUUAUACUUGGGAUACUUGACUGGCUUACAGACAUAAUCUACUUCGUAGCUACAGAUUUCUCAUCAGACGCACUCCAGAUGGCAUGCAUAUGAUUCAUAGUCUUCCAGCCUUUAUUUUAUGGUUUUCUUUUUGCAACAUAUGGGUUGUCUCAUCCAAAUUCAGAUAAGGAUUGGAAGGUAAAAGCCAAGUAUAUAUACCUGAGUCCUCUCUUCUCCCUUUUGAUGUACAUAAAAAUCCUCCCAGGCUAUAAGAAGAUUUUCAAUUGGUUCAGAAUCAAGUGCAAAAUCAAUGUGGAAGACAACAAUAUGGCUUUAUUCACAAUUGAAAACUACUAUCGAGUCCAAAUAUUUACAGAAUUAUUCCUACAAGCAAUUCCCAUGAUGAUUGUCCAAGUCACACAGAAUAAUAACGAUGAGUGGAAGAUAGUGGGAUUUGUGUCAUUCCUGAUCGCAUUAUGCAUUUUAGUCAAGAAUGGAUACCAAGUUAUUGCCUUCAUUAGCCACCGAGUGUUCGACAAUGUUGAAAGUACACUAAGGCCCAGCGAAGAAGAGCAAAGAAAUAGAAGAGAUAGAAAUGAGUAUUUUAAUCUUAAAAGUUAUCUUAAUGAACCUGACGAUCAUAUGCUAGACGAUGAAGGAAAUACAACCUUACACCAGGCAACUAGGUUGGAAGAAUUAGAGGUAUUGGAAAAUCAAGCUACAAUGUAUCCUCAUAUGCUGUUCAUUCUCAAUCAGAUGGGGAUGACUCCUCUUGAUACAGCUAUUUUUGAAGGCAAAAAUGAUAGAGCUGAUUUGCUUUUGAAGAAAUCAAAAUAAGUUCCAUAAUAUGUCUAGUAUCAGGUUUAUAACAAAGCCUCAUAGACUUGAUUUAAAAUAUGAGAAAUCUUUUACUCUGGCUAUUCAAAAGAACAAUAAUGAUUUACUAUUUAAAUUCCCGAAUAAAUCAGUAAAAACAAUGUACGUUCCCAUCUCGCCAAUGAGGUCUUAUGAGCAAUACAGAUUUUUAAAAUCAUUAAAUAAAGAUAUCUUUAUGACACCAAUCCAUCUUGCAUGCAGACUCAGCAAUGAUGAAGCUAUUAGAGUUUUAAUAGAAAAGCAUCAAUAUGAUAUGAACAUCCUCCUUGAUGAGAAAUCUCCAAUUUUUGAGUUAAUUAGCACAAGCACUUACCAAGACCUCGUCAUCCUCAGCUAUGCAAUGAAAACCUGCAAACCUGAUAUCAACGCUGGCAACAAACUUCCCCUCAACCAAGCUAUCGAGCGAGGCAACAAACUCAUCACAAAAGUGCUUCUCGAACACGGCAGACCUAACUUCUUCAAGAAAGAUGUUGACGGCUUCGCUCCAAUACAUGUGGCCGGUAUCAAGCGAGACUACGAAAUGUUCCAGAUGCUUGUCAAGAAGGGCGCCGACCCUUCGAUUCCAGAUGGUAACGGCAACACCAUUCUCCACCACUUGUGCGAAGCUGCUGUCAAAGACUCUGAGUUCCAGUUCAUCAAAGAUCUGGUCGAAGUGCACGACCUCAGACUCACCAGGAACAACGAACACAUGACACCUUACGACUUGAUCAGAGCGUACCCGAAGAAAGACAUGCCCUUCAGGAACUCUCCGAACCUCAGGAAAGACGUCUGGGAGUACUUCGAAGAACAGAUCGAGCAGGUCCCUGACAUCAUUGAUGCUGAGAACUAUGCUGACAUUCACCUCGCCAUCAUCAGAGGCGAGAUCAGUGAAGUGACCAAGCUGCUUGACGAAGACGACGAGAACAUCAACCUCAGAGACAUGGAAGGCAAAACUCCAUACAUGCUUUCGAUCGAACACGAGCGAGUCGAGAUUGCAGACUUGCUGUUUAAGAAAGGAGCCCUGGUUGCUCUGACAGAGUCAAAGCAAGGCAACACUGCAUUGCACAUUGCAGCCAAGAUGGGCAACUUCCAUGCUGCCAAGAACAUCAUGGAGGCUGAGCCCCAGCUCGCUCUGAGCACCAACUUCGAGUCCCAGAGUCCGUUCCAUGUGGCCGUUGAGUCGAGAAGCAUGGAAGUGCUCCAGGAAAUGGAGAAGUACAAAAUUGACAGUCUCCAGAUCAAGAACACUGAUGGCGAGAACCCACUCUUCGUUGCAUGCAAAGUCGGUGACAAAGACAUCUUCGAGUGGUUCGGAGGCAAAAUUGACUUCUUCAAAGCCAGAGGCGACCGCAACUACAAAGGCCAGACAAUCGAGCACUAUGUCUGUUUGCUCACGAAGCAUGACAUUGUGCACCACAUCAAGCCGCUGCCUGACACAAAAGACUACUACGGAAACCUACCGAUAUUCUACUCGAUACAGAACAACGACGCCUUGAUGAUUGGGAAGUACUUCAAGAAGGGGAAGCAGUACUUCCACAUCAAGAACUUCAAGAACCAGAGUUUGUUCCACGUGGCUGGCAAGUACAAUGCAUAUGAGGCUUUGAUCAGCAUUGUUAAGAACCACAUAUUCUUUGAGGAGUUGCUGAAGAGAGACAUUAAAGGAGACACUCCUCUACAUUCUGCUGCUAAGAGAGGAUCAGCUGAAGUACUAGAAUUUUACUUAAAGAAUUGCAGCAACAAAUUCCUUGAAAUAGAAAAUAAUUUUGGUCAUACUCCGCUUGAAGCAGUAAAAGAUAAAAUCAAAUUUAUUGAAAGUGAGGAAGAGAAAGAAGAUGAGAUAAAAAAAUCAGAAACUUAUGAUCUUAAACGUUGAGAAGAGAUUCUAGAGAAAUACGAACAAAACAUAGAAGCUGACUGGAACUACGAUAUUGGGUAUAGAGAAUUCCUAUCCAAAUGCGACCCAGAUCUCAAGUUAUUCAUGAAUCUGCUCUAA